AUGGCUAACGACGAGUAUGAUUCCAACCUUUUGAGUCGUUUCACCCGCAACGAGUUCAACCUGGACUCCAAGUCGACCAUCGGCGUGGAGUUCGCAACCCGUUCUAUUCAGGUCGAUUCUAAGACGAUCAAGGCGCAGAUCUGGGAUACUGCUGGUCAGGAGCGUUACCGCGCCAUUACCUCUGCCUAUUAUCGUGGUGCCGUCGGUGCCCUUCUUGUUUACGACAUCAGCAAGCAUCAAACCUACGACAAUGUUAACCGGUGGUUGAAAGAGCUCAGGGAUCACGCAGAUUCCAACAUUGUCAUCAUGCUUGUGGGAAAUAAGAGCGAUUUGAGACACCUGCGCGCUGUCCCAACCGAAGAAGCUAAGCAGUUUGCCAGCGAGAACAACCUCUCCUUCAUCGAGACAUCUGCCCUUGACGCGAGCAACGUCGAGCUUGCUUUCCAGAACAUCCUCACAGAAAUCUACCGGAUUGUCUCCAGCAAGGCUCUUGACAGUGGCGACUCGGGCCAGGCCGGCCUUGGUGACCGUCGUCCGGUGGUGGAUAUCAACCCUUCGCAGGACCCUGAGACGAAGCAGGGUUGCUGUUAG